AUGACCAAGAACGAAGAAUUAAAGGCUCGCAUCAUAUACGAGGAUUUUAUUUCUAUACUAUCACCAAAGGAAGUCUCAUUGGACUCGAGAGUGCGUGAAAUUGUGAACACUAACAUGUCACGUCCGUCAUCAGCGACGUUUGAUGAGGCACAAAAUCAGAUUUACACUCUAAUGCAACGAGACUCUUACCCAAGGUAG